UCAGCUCUCGGAAGCAGACAGCUCGCUUCCUACUGACGGACUCACAGCUCACGGACUUAUCUUUGAGUUUCACUGUUCACGAGCUCUGGAAGGAUCUUUGUGCCGAUCUGGAUUACUUCUUCUUGGGACUUUAUUCCGGGAAUUUAACGGAACAGCCGCCGCUCUGCGCUGUGGAUAUUUCUUCUUAUCCUGGAUCUUGUGGAUUAUUUUACUGACUUCAACAUGACUCUUGAGGAGGUUGUUGGAUCCAACAGCACCGAGAAAAAGAUGGAGACGGUGAGUCAGGCUCUGGAGGAGUUGCUGGUCGCGGCUCAGCGGCAGGACUGCCUCACGGUGGGAGUCUACGAGUCCGCCAAACUCAUGAAUGUAGAUCCGGACAGCGUGGUUCUGUGCGUCCUCGCCACUGAUGAGGAGGACCAGGAUGAUAUCGCGCUGCAGAUCCACUUCACGCUGCUGCAGGCUUUCUGCUGCGACAACGACAUCAACAUCCUGCGGGUGUCCGGCGUGAGGCGGCUGGCUCAGCUGCUAGAGGAGGACACCGAGGACCAAAACGGCAACGAGCCCCGAGACCUGCACUGCAUCCUGGUCACUAACCCCCCUGUGCAACCGCUGCAGUGCCAGGCCCUGCAGGAUGUGGGCAGCUUCUGUGAGGAGAGCCGCUGCAGGAACCAGUGGGUUCCCUGCUUGGAGCUGCAGGACCGCUGAGUCGAGCAAAACCGAACCGAACCGAAUCCGACCGCUGCGGAGCGGUGAGAAGUGGAGUGGAAACAGUCCAAACAGCCAAUCCUCGUGCAGAAGGGGGAUAAAAUGGCGUUUAAGUGACGGAAAGUGACCGAACCGAACCAAACCGAACCGAACCGGGUGCCUGGGAGCCUUCCUGCUGCCUGGAUGUUUUGGCCUUGGGGGAGGCACUUAUGAUGGCGGUACCGGUACUGAAAGUUGCACCGGACCGUGCAGGACGUCGUGGACCUGCAGAGAUUUUUUUUGUUUUAUUUGUUUUAUUUUGUUUUAACUGAAGAGUCACGACCUGGGUUACAGCAGCUGGAUGUCACGUGACUGAACGGAUGAAUGAAUGAACUGAGGAGCUAACGUGAAGCUCUGGACUACCUGUGCUGCAGGUGUUGCAGAUGUUCUGCUCACCUGUUCGCUCGCACAUGAACUUUUAUGAUGAUUGCACACUGAAAUGAUGUUAGUUUAUUUUACUGAGCAGAUUAUUAUAUGAGUGAAAAGUGAAUCCAAUGUUGAUGCAUUCUGUUUGAUGAAUAAAUUGUUGACGAGAA